CUGACACGCACACACGCAUUCAAAAGAAACGGAACACACACGAGUCAGUUGCAAAAAGGAGAUUUUUCACACAUCACACACACGCAGCGAUCCAUCCAAAAUGAGCGGAAGCGAAGGAAGCUCCGGCUCCGCUGCCGGCGGCGGAGAAGCUGUCGCACCGGUAGCAGCGUCAACGGAGAAGAAGAAGGAGAAGUCAAGAGUAAGCAAAACAUCGCAAAUUCUAUGGCACGCUCACCAUAACGGUGCAGCUGCCGUUCGGAAGCUUCUAGAAGAAGAUCGGACGCUUGUUCAAGCUAGGGAUUACGAUAAUCGUACUCCGCUUCAUGUCGCGGCGUUACAUGGCUGGAUCGAUGUUGCGAAGUGCUUGAUCGAUUAUGGCGCCGACGUCAACGCUCAGGAUCGUUGGAGAAAUACGCCUCUAGCCGACGCAGAAGGAGCUAAGAAACAUGGCAUGAUUGAAUUGUUAAAGACAUAUGGUGGACUAUCUUAUGGGCAAAAUGGAAGCCAUUUUGAACCAAGGGCUGUUCCACCCCCUCUACCAAAGAAGUGUGACUGGGAGAUUGAUCCUGCUGAGCUGGACUUCUCAAAUUCUGUAAUCAUUGGGAAGGGGUCUUUUGGUGAGAUAUUAAAAGCUUGCUGGCGUGGAACACCUGUAGCUGUUAAACGCAUCCUCCCAAACCUUUCAGAUGAUCGAUUGGUGAUUCAGGAUUUCAGGCAUGAGGUAAAUUUGUUGGUGAAGCUCCGUCAUCCAAAUAUAGUGCAAUUUCUUGGAGCUGUUACUGAGAAAAAACCCUUGAUGUUAAUAACUGAGUACUUAAGGGGGGGUGAUCUGCAUCAGCACCUCAAGGAAAGAGGUGCUCUUAGUCCAUCGACAGCAAUCAAUUUUGCUAUGGAUAUCGCAAGAGGCAUGACUUAUCUUCACAAUGAGCCGAAUGUUAUAAUCCACAGGGAUCUAAAGCCCAGGAAUGUUCUUCUAGUCAACUCCAAUGCAGACCAUUUGAAAGUUGGAGACUUUGGAUUAAGCAAACUAAUCAGGGUUCAGAACUCCCAUGAUGUUUAUAAAAUGACUGGGGAGACAGGGAGCUAUCGCUAUAUGGCCCCUGAAGUUUUCAAGCACCGGAAAUAUGACAAGAAAGUCGAUGUGUUCUCUUUCGCGAUGAUCUUAUAUGAGAUGCUAGAAGGUGAUCCACCAUUAUCCCACUAUGAACCAUAUGAAGCAGCCAAGUACGUGGCAGAAGGACACAGACCUAUUUUCAGGGCAAAAGGUUUUACCCCAGAAUUGAAAGAGUUGGUGGAGCAAUGUUGGGCACCAGAUAUGAACCAGAGACCUUCAUUUUUGGAGAUUCUAAAAAGACUUGAAAAAGUUAAAGAAGCUUUACCCUCAGAGCAUCAUUGGCACAUUUUCACUUCAUGACAUCAAAUUCAAGAUUUGACCAUGUAUUGAGUUGAAUUCUCCCAUCAAACUUGCUUUUGAAAUUGAUAUGUUCGUAUGAUUGUGCAUAGGAUCAACUGGCUGGGGUCUGCAAAAACUGUUGCUGUGCCCCACUCGACAUUGCAGCUAUGGUCGUUGUAGAUUUGAUCAACAUAUUUCCCGAAUAUACCCAAAUAGAACCGUGCGGUUAAUAGACCUGUAACAAAAUUUAUUAGUUUUGAUUGUCAAAUUUUCUAUCCUCAAUCCAUCUGUAUUAAUUUUCUUUUUCUUUUUUUGUGAUUCCCAGUUGUGUACUUGAAAAUGAAAGUAGCAACUGUGUUCUGUUUUACCCUUUGAUACUCUCUGGUUAAAUGAUAAAACUAAGAUGGUUCUAAUAGGAAA